AUCAGACGGCCAGAGGACGGUGACAGCGGCAGUUCUGUUAAUGUUACCAGGCGGACAAACCCAGACAGCACGAGCACCGGGAACCAGUGACUAUACAACUAUCUAUCUACAGUCCGAACUAGGGGGGGACGACGACGCAGGAAAACAAAGCACUUUUUUGUUCCGAGGAGGGCCUGCGUUGCCUUUUACCGACGUGACGAGUUGGGGGAAACGAGUGAAAACGCUGUUCACGAGGUGGACCGCGCACUGACCAGUUUCUCGUGGUAACCCACCGCCAUGCCGUUCCCCUUUGGCAAGUCCCACAAGUCGCCGACGGACAUCGUCAAGAACCUAAAGGACAGCAUGACGGUGCUUGAAAAGCACGACAUCUCUGACAAAAAGGCUGAGAAGGCCACAGAAGAGGUGUCAAAGAGUUUGGUGGCCAUGAAAGAAAUUCUAUAUGGGACUAAUGAGAAAGAGCCCCAGACUGAAGCGGUGGCCCAACUCGCUCAAGAGCUCUACAACAGUGGCUUGCUCGGCACACUGAUAGCAGACCUACAACUCAUUGACUUUGAGGGCAAGAAAGAUGUAGCGCAGAUCUUCAACAACAUCUUGAGACGUCAGAUUGGCACACGGACACCUACAGUGGAGUACCUCUGUACCCAGCAGAACAUAGUUUUUAUGUUGCUAAAAGGGUACGAGUCUCCAGAGAUUGCCCUAAACUGUGGGAUCAUGUUGAGGGAGUGCAUCCGACAUGAACCCCUGGCUAAAAUCACACUGUGGUCAGAGCAAUUUUAUGACUUCUUCAGAUAUGUGGAGAUGUCCACGUUUGACAUUGCCUCAGAUGCAUUUGCCACUUUCAAAGACCUCCUCACAAGACACAAGCUACUGAGUGCAGAGUUUCUUGAACAACAUUAUGACAGAUUCUUUAGCGAAUACGAGAAAUUACUCCACUCUGAAAACUACGUGACAAAAAGGCAAUCUCUUAAGUUGCUGGGAGAGUUACUUCUUGACCGGCACAACUUCAGCAUCAUGACCAAAUACAUCAGCAAGCCAGAAAAUCUGAAACUCAUGAUGAAUUUGUUACGCGACAAGAGCCGCAACAUUCAGUUUGAGGCGUUCCAUGUUUUUAAGGUGUUUGUGGCCAACCCCAACAAGACGCAGCCCAUACUGGAUAUCUUACUGAAGAACCAAGCCAAGCUCAUCGAGUUCCUCAGCAAGUUCCAGAAUGAUAGAACAGAGGACGAACAGUUCAAUGAUGAAAAGACCUACCUGGUCAAACAAAUCCGGGACCUCAAGAGGCCCGCCCCGCAGGAGGCCUGAGACAGGAUGCCAAGGACAAGGGGGAGGGGGGGACGGAGCUGCCAUUUCUUGACCGCCUAAUACCUGCUUAACGGACUCAUCAGCUGCUGCUGUUCUGGUUUCUGAACAUAGUAUAAGAAACAAACAAAAAAACAACAAAAAACAUGCAUUUCAAGUUGUUGGAGAGUCGCCAGCCCAUCAGUGACAUUUUUUUUCUCCCCAUCCUUAGUUUUCUUUGAAAAGAAAACAGUAGAUGCUGUUGCUUUCAUUUACCUAGAACCACAUAAGGUCUAAUAACCCACUAGUCCUACAUUAACAAAAGUCUGUGAACCAUCCAUAUUGAAAACUUGAGACACGUGGGAAGUCAAAAUUCCAGCCCUACUGAACACUUGUUACAUGUGUAAGACCUACAGAUUCAACACUUUGCAAGAUAUGGCCUCAAAGCUUUGUGAUGGAAAUGGUACGAGAAACAUGGUGGUGUUUGCUGUAUGCCUUGGAAGGUGACAGAUCGAAGCCUGCACCCAAUGGCGGCUCUGCCGUGGUCCGGCCAGCGUGGCUGCCAUGUUCAAUGGUCCGACUGACGCACACAUGCAUCAAUGCCUUUAUUCAAUUCGAUGUGUGGGGAGAACUCUCAGAUGCCGUGACACACGUGUGCGCUGUUAAAUGACCCAGCACUGAAUAUACACGAGUGAAUGGGGAGAGAUGCAUCUAAUAAAAGCCCAAAAGUUCUUCUUCCAUUUUCUUGGACAGGGAGAAUAUGUACAUAUGCCUUUUUUUCUUUUUGGGUUAAACUUAACAUAGGAAUAUAUGAUUUGUAAUUACCUUUAAUGUAAAGUUUCUGGUGAAUGGUAAUGAAAUUACUUUCGGAACUUAGAAAAGUGUCAUUGUUUUUACAUUUUACUGCUGAAAUGAUUGCUGGGUUUCUCAUACGUAACGUAAAAGUGCAGCUUCUAGUUAGCUUCCCUUAUAGGGUAUUUUUAAAAUGAACAAAGAGGGAAAGGGGAAGUAUCAGAAGGGCAUCUGUUCUGUUUUGUCAGCAACUUGCUGGUGGUUCUAACGUUACUUCUGGAUAGAAAAGGAAAGUUGAGAUCGGAAGAGCAUUAAUUAAAAGCCAUUUGCCUGCUAUGUAAUUUAACUGCAAAAUGGAGGUGAGGACACCAGCGGGUCCUCACGAUCAAUGAUUUGUACUCACCCCUUUAUUCUGAGCGAGCUAUUGACUUGUUUCUUGGGAAGUGCUUUUGUGAUAAACCUAGCAGAACCUACUGCCACCUUAUUUUGGAGUCGUCUAAUGGAAUAUGAUUCCAGUACAAUAGUGCUACGCAUUUGUGGUUAGGAGUUUACUUUGGGCAUCAUGGUUUGUCCUUGUGGUACUUAGACCAACUUAUGAAAAGAUUUGCUGUGAGUUGACAUAGUCCACAUAAUGGAAACUAUUAAGAGAUUCAAACAAGUAAGAACAUCAACAGGGCAGGCCAAAGCACUGCUCAGAGCCCAGCUCAUCCAUGCACAUUGAACAUGCAUGUUCCUAAACUGGCUGUGCAUGAUGCUGUACUAAUGUUGUACUGGAAUUGUUCAUUUAACAUCUUUGAAAUGUCAUAUUGAACUCCGCUUGUAUGCAGCUUUUGAAACCAAUUUCAGCGUUCAACGUUUGGGUGCUUUCAGAAGUGUCAAAGUUCUUGAGCCGAAUGAGAUAAGAAAAUAAAAGUUUGGAAUAAAACAAAGCUGUUACUUUUUUUCCCCCAGCAACUUUCAAAAGCUCAACACGUGCCGAGUGAAGGUUUCUGCAACAGAUGCUCUUUUUGUAUCUUGCAGUAGUAUAUAGAAAUGAAUUUCAUAACUGUAUAUACUGUAUGUUGACAUGAAUGCAAUGCAAUUGUAAAUUCGUAUUUAAAAAUCGCAGACCAAACAGUUUCUUUUUGAAUGGGUUGGGCUAAAUUUGGUUCAUCAAUCCCUGGUACAACAUACUGUGAUGUGGAGGGGUUUCCUUUUUAUCUCAUUCAAUGCCAAUACAUCAUGACUGGGACUUUGACGGCCAUUGACGUCGUUAGACAUUCAAUCCAUUUGGAGCGAGAGGACUGACAAAGCUGCCACAACUCCCAGUCCAAAUGGAUUGGGUGCCCAGCGCCAUCAAUGGCACUGAAACGUGAGUAGGGCUGCGGCUAUCGAUUAUAUGAGUAGUCGAUUAAUCUUAUCAAUUAGUUAGAAUAAUCACGUAAUCAGAUUAGGAACAUGUAAUGCGUUGCAAAAUACAUUUUAGUAGAUGUAAAGCAAAGGCUUGCUAAGAUCGCGCUUUCAAAAGAGCAUUAAAUAUGAAUAAAUGUAAUUCCCGUGUGUUUCUUCAAUCUAUGCAAUA